AUGCGAACAUUAUGUUUCCUAUUUCAGAACAUGACUACUGAUCCCACAAUUUCUAAACGAGCAAUCCAGAAGGCCGCUGAAGAAAAACUGCUUGGCAAGUUCAAUGUUAUCUGCGCCAAGGGUGACUUCAGCUAUAUCGCCUACACCGAGACUUUCUGCCAAGCAUCCAACGAAGAUGUUACCUGCUAUGCCUUUAAACCUAUGUAA